AUGGGAGCUCAUAUUUUUCAAAUUAUUGGUCUCGUAUGUUUGGCUUCUGUGCAAAUUUAUGGCCAGUCAACUUCAUCAUUUAGUAGUACGAUGUCCAUAUCAGCAUCCGAUACUAGUAUUUCAUCGGCUAGUUUAUAUCAAAAUUCAACUAACACGAUUUCAUCUCCUUCAUCAUAUGCAGCGUCUGUUGUCACAAGUAACUCGGAGACAGUAGGUUCUACUGGAACAGCCAACACCUCUUCUACUCCAUCGACAGCAAUGAUGUAUUCGUCAGUUGCAACUUCCAUGAUUCAAAACAGUGCAUCGCAAACAGGUUUUCCGUCAUCCUAUGGAACCUCUGCCGUAACAAGUAACUCUGAAACAGUAGUCUCUACCGGAGCAGCGAACACCUCUUCUACUCCAUCGGCAUCAAUGAUAUCUUCGUCGAUAGCAUCUUCCAUGAUUCAAAGCAGUGGGUCACAAACAGGCUCAUCUGCAUCCUAUGCAGCCUCUGUUGUCACAAGUAACUCUGGAACCGUAGGUUCUACUGGAGCAAGUACCACCUCUUCUACUCCAUCGGCAUCAAUGAUGUCUUCGUCAGUUGCAACUUCCAUGAUUCAAAACAGUGGAUCACAAACAGGCUCAUCUGCAUCCUAUGCAGCCUCUGUUGUCACAAGUAACUCUGGAACAGUAGGUUCUACUGGAGCAAGUACCGCCUCUUCUACUCCAUCGGCAUCAAUGAUGUCUUCGUCAGUUGCAACUUCCAUGAUUCAAAACAGUGCAUCACAAACAGGCAUAUCUUCAUCAGUUACAUCGAUUAGUUCUUCUUCUAUAACCUCAGCAUCGAUUACUACUCUUUCGAUAAAUACUUCAAUUAGUUUAGUUUAUCAAUAUAUUGUCUCAAGUUCAUCUGUUUUAGCUGCAGGAAACACUACUAAUAGUACAUAUUUAACCAGUGUACAAAGUAUGGUGAUAGGAUCAUUCAAUCUAACAAGAUUCAAUAUAAUAGUGACACGUAUUGAAAUACAAGCUACAGCAAAGACGGUUACUACUCAAUACACCCUGUUCACUGAUAUUUUAUUCACAAGUAGUCGUUCCGAUUGUAAUAGUACUUGUAUCAAAAGUUCUGCAUCUUCAUCCAUUUCCAAGCAAAAUAUAAUAUUACCAGGUGCCGAUGGUAGUUCAGUAACUGUAAGUCUUGUAUCAGGUGCAGCAUUUGUCGAUAAUACGCCAAGUGCAAUACCAACAACAACAGUAGCACGUAUAGUGGGCGAAUCGCCACCAGGUACUGCUGCACAAUUAGGCAUGGGUUUAGGCAUAAGUUUCAUUGGUAUUAUCCUAACCAUCGAAAUAGUCUAUUUGUAUCGAAAAUAUGGAUGUAAUCAAUCGACGCGCGAGGCAGAUUAUGCUCUAGCUACAUACAACCAUCGACUUUGA